ACGAACGGAGCUGUCGAGCGUUGAUGACGUCGAGGUGUGCGACGAAUGUCAUGCCUACAGUCGUGUUUACCCAUGAUGUGCCGUGGACAGAACGAAGCUGAGCUAGUUAUUCACUUGAACAUCGUAACUGUCUAUAGAGUCAACGAGAGUGAUAGUUGUCCUUAAGUAACGUCUGGUGUUUAGAAGCAGCAAGGAUAGCUGGUUAGUCUCCCCUCCAGGUUGAACGAUCAUGUAACUAACAGCAUGUGUCAGUUUUGUGGUGAGUUGGUUUGGGAAAUAGGUGUUUCUACAUUUUUUGGAUGGCAUGCAGGAUAACAUGAAAGUGAGUAAGAAUAAACUAUUUUAAAUUCUAAUAAUCCCAGAGAUUAAACUUCAUAACAUGGGCUCCAACUUGAUAUCUAGAGUCAAAAUAUGCCUGAAACCCCUAAAGCCUUUCUUACGUCAAGGAAGUUCAGCUUUCCUGACCAUAAAGACUAAUCUGUGUAAGUCAUCACAGCUGCCUCCAGCAGCACGCUCUCUGUGCACCAGAGACAGUAACCCCAACUCAGCUGGCAGACAGGCAGUCAGGAGGAACAGUGGACAGACCGAUGGACAUGGUGGAGUAAAAUAUGGGACCAUCAGACAUAGACAAGGGGAAUUGUGGGAAGAUGCAGUGGAUGGAGGAGGUAAGAGCUCCACCCUAAGGGAGAGGACGCCCUUCCCCAAAUCUGUGUUUUCUGCUGGGACGGCAAAGAGGACAGCAGAGAUGCUGAAGAGGAAAGCAGCUCUGGCCUCUGAGGAUGAGGAGGAACCUGAAGGGAGGACAUCUAGAAGACCAGGAAAGGUGCAGCCUCCUGACCGGCCACUUUCUGCUGCGGAGUGGAGGAAGCUGAAGGAAUCUCUGGGAAAUCAGCAACGCUUUGACAUCCAGAUGAUGUCUGCGCUGUUCACCUCUGGGGCAGAGCUGGGUAUCGCCAAGUCUCUGCUGACUUUUGUAGCCACGGAAACAGGGACGCUGUCCUAUGAGCUGUUACUACGGUACCUGACGCUGUGUGUGAGUGGUGGCCACGAUGCCGAAGCGUUCGAUGUCUAUGACAUCAUGCGGGGAAGUUUCUCUUCUCUGGAAACGGGAGCCUCCAGCCUCUUCAUCAAGUCCUUCAGCCGCACAGCGAGGUGGAGGCAGGCUAUCAGCAUCCUGCGUGAGGUGAAGAAGGUCUUUACCCCAUCACCGCGCAACUAUGGCGACGUCAUUGCAGCAGCAAUGUUACACGGUGACAUGACCACUGCCUGGGCUCUUUAUGAUGAAUUACUUGAAAAGGGACUGAGUCCACACCAGGAGACCUGGGAUGCUCUGUUUAAGGGAGUGAGCGAGACCAAGGGGGUGGAAGGGACGGAGGCAGAGGCCAUGUCUCAGUCUGAACACCAGGAGAGGCUGCUGCGGAUUCUGCUGUACAUGAGGAACAACCAGAUCUACCCCCAUGGUAGCCUCGCCAGCAUCAUCAAGACCUGGUUUGAGAGUCUCACGGGACAGAAAUGGACAGGAAGUUGGACAAGCGCCACCCCAAAGGGUCUAUGUGGUUGUUGUGGGUCGACGUUAGAGUCCAUCCAGCUGACUGCGGAGGAGUACCAACAGCUGAAAGACAGAGUGAUGACUGACAUCAUCCAGGGACGAGAUGUUUUUAACAAGACUACACCGGAGGAGCUGGAGCGUUUCAAAACUUUUGUGAAGAGGAAGCCAGCUUUUGAUGUGGUUGUAGAUGGGCUGAAUGUAGCAAAUAUCAGCAAGGACAAAAGCAAGCUGUCAGCGACGUUGUUGGCGGUGGUGUCAGAGCUGGAACGUCAGGGCUUGACCGUUCUGGUGUUAGGGAGGAAACACAUGCUGCGGCCCUCCAGAUCCUGGGAGAGACACAACAUGAAUCUUAUCCAGCAAAAAGCCUAUUGCUUCUUCACCGAAAACAUUUCGGAGGAUGACCCUUUCCUGCUGUACGCCGCUCUGCAUUCUGGGAAUCACUGUCAGUUUGUGAGUAGGGACCUGAUGAGGGACCACAAGGCCUGCCUGCCAGACGGAGCCACCAGACGUCUCUUCUUCAAAUGGCAAAGAGGCCACCAGCUGGUGGUGGAUGGAUACGUUGCAGCAGGCAGGAGGGUCCGAUUUCAGAGUAUUCCCAGCUAUGACACAAUUGUCCAAACUUCAGGAGACUCAUGGCACGUUCCCUAUGAUGAAAAAGAGGACAGGAGCACCUAUGAAGUACCACAACGAUGGCUUUGCCUCACGCAAAGCACUGAACACACCCACUGAUUUCACAGCACAGCAUUUUGGUGUUAAAUCAUUUCUGUGAAUCAUUUUUUGAAUAUAAAAGCAGACGUGUGAAUUAAACAUUUACCACAAUUGAAGUGCCUUUACUUUUUGAUUUAACUUUCAACCAUAAGAAAUAGAAAAUUUUAUUGAUAUUUAUUAAUAAAU